AUGGCAUUCCUCACAAGCUUGUGUUCUUGCUUCACUUCACAGGACAGAGAAGAGGAAGCCGUGCUUGCUGGAGAUAUCCAUUUGCCCCCAGCGUAUGUCAAAAGAUGCGUAUUCUGCAACGUCAGCCGUGAAAAGGGUUUCGACAUCCUACAUGAGGUUGGCCCAGAUCCCAAUAGCGACGACUUGAUCGUGUUCAGAGAUCGGGCGCCGGCGGCUACGGAACACUUGUUGGCUAUACCCCGCCAUCAUCUAGCGAGCGUCAAAGCAUUGGGGAAAGAUGAUAUACAAUUAGUGCGAAACCUACAAGCUGCCAGUGUUCAAGCAUUCACCGAACUCGGUUUCGCCCCCGAAAACCAAAAGCUCGUACUCCAUCCCUCAUUCGGCUUCCACGUCCCACCCUUUAACUUGAUCAACCACCUCCAUCUGCAUUGCUUCGGGCUCCCCUUCCGGCCAUCGAACGAAUGGAAGUUCCACGUCGCGCUGAAGCAGGGAGGGAAGGGCUUCAGCUGGUUUGUAGAAAUUGGGCAAGUGUAUGAGAUUUUGGGCAAGGGCGGCAAGGUUAAGGUGCUGUCGUGUUAA